AUGCUUUCCGAAUCAUUUGUGGCGUCGACGCUGUCAUCCGCUAAAUCUCCGACAGCCUCGCUUAGAGAUGUAGGAAUCUGCGUCCAUGAAUUGCAGCCUUCGUCGAUACUGCGAUCGACUUUCAAGAAGAGCUCAACCUCAACCAAUUCUUUGGCUGUGAGCCCCUCGCAUAUAUUUGCGGCUCAAGCAGACAAAGCUGUUGUGCACGUUUAUAGUCGGGAAAAAGGUAAUCAAGAGGGCAUUGUCCCAUUUCCGGAGCGGAUACGCAGUAUUGCGGUCGCGGGGGGCAAGUACGGCGAUGUCUUGGUUUUGGGCACUGAAGGUGGUCGAUUGAUUAUCUGGGAGACAUGCACAGGACGCCAGGUAGCCACGACGGCCUCCCACUUGCAACCGGUGACCUCACUCGUUAUCGACCCCACGUCUAACUUCAUUCUGUCCGGCUCAUCUGAUGCCAGCGUGCAUGUCUGGUCCUUGCCUAGCAUUCUCUCAUUUUCGAAACCCGCUCUCAGCGCGACUCGCCAACCCACAAACUCACCUAUCCGAACAUUCUCCAAUCACCGCGCGGCAAUCACCUCUCUUGCUGUCGGACAUAGCAAUGGCCGCCAUAACAUUGUGGUAUCAACUGCCAAAGACAACACUGCAAUCGCAUGGGACUAUCAUACUGGCCGGGUGCUGAGAACCUUCCUCCUUCCCUUGUCCGCAACAUCUGUGGCUUUAGAUCCCGUCGACCGGGCUUUCUAUGUUGGCUAUGAAGAUGGCAGCGUACAAUCAGUGGACUUCUACCGGGGUAAUUCUGCGCAGCAUCCUCUUCACGAUCCCUCGGUGCAAUCAACCCCAGCACAGGUCUCUAUGGAGGACCGGUGGCUCCCUCCCUCAGCUGAAUCAGGCUCAGUGAAGACCAUUUCCCUUACAUACGAUGGUACCACGUUACUCUCAGCCCAUGCGAAUGGGAAGGUGCUGUCAUGGAAUGUUGCCCGGCGAAAGUUCACAUCAUCGGUCGCGGACUACACGCAUCCGAUCACCAAUUUGAUCAUGCUACCCCCAGGUGGCAUCCCGCACCCUUCCUCGGAUUUGAAGAGAAAGGCCCACACUAUCGUCAAGCCCCGCCAUGAUAGUGGACUUUCUGCUCCAUCGCACGCCCCUAGCGCCGUCCCCGCAGAAUAUAUGUUCCACACGCACCUUAUUGCCCCAUCCGACUCCCAGUGCCGCAAACCAACCCAAUUCUCCCAGGCGCUUACUCAUUCGUCUUUCCCUGACUUCAUGAUCGAGGAUGGUCUUGCAGAGCUGGCAGCAUUCCGUCAGCCCGGUGGUGCGGAGGUCACUCGCGUUACUGCGAACACUACCCCUUCCAGACAAGCCCUUGAAGACACCGCCGCUCGUGAUUCGCAGGUCGCUGGAUUAGAAAACGAGGUGGCUGUGCUCAAGAAGAAGGUCGCAGUCAAUGAGACUGCUCGCCAUACUGCCGAUGACGAGGUUGUCCAGUUGCGUUCGGAACUCGCCAAUCUGCAGGAUUACAUCAACGAGCUCCAUGAGAAGCAGGAGGCCGCACAGCAGGAGAAGGUCCUUCGGCAAGCAAGGAAGCAGGAGCGUGAGGCGAAAAAGCGGGAAGCUUGGCUCGCCGCGGAGAAGAAGGGUCGCAACGGUGACACAGUGAUUCAAAAAAUGGAUAUCGACGGUGCUUUGACCAGUGACUCAGAUGAUCAGAGCGAUGAAUAA